AUGGACGACAUAGACGCCAUGUUCAGUGACCUGCUUGGAGAGAUGGAUCAUCUCUCUCAGAGUUUAAUGUCUUCAGUGGACGCUCCAGAGGUGGAUCCUGCCUCACAGACGGAGAGUACCUUCUCUGUCGGCUUCACAGACCUACAUGAGUCUCUGAAUGAACUGGAGGACCACGACCUGGAUGCUCUGGUUGCUGACCUCAGAUCAAAAUCAUCCACCUCAGAAGAGCUUCUCCCCACAGAUCAACACACAGCCGUGACGCAGGAACCUGAGCCAGCAGCUGCCCUCCUCCACUGUCCAACUCUGCUGGAUCCUCCGCAGGGCUGCAGAUGGUAACCAAAAAUCUGUUACUGAUCAUAAAAAUUAAGUUGUAAAGUCAUGAAGAAAAUAUUACCUUUAUUGUGUUUGCAGAGCGAACCCCAGACAAAGACAGAUAAAAUCAAACUGGCUCUGGAGAAGCUGAAAGAAGCCAAAGUGAGGAAGUUGAUUGUAAAGGUGCUGAUGAGUGACGGCAGCUCAAAGACGCUGAUGGUGGAUGAGAGACAGACGGUCCGAGAGGUUUUGGACAAGCUGUUUGAGAAGACGCACUGUGACUGCAGCAUGGACUGGAGCCUGUGUGAGACCAACCCUGAGCUGCAGAUCGAACGAGGUUUUGAGGACCACGAACACUUAGUGGAGCCCCUGUCUGCGUGGACUCGCCUCAGUGAAAACAAAAUCUAUUUUGUGUCAAAACCUCAGAAGUAUGUGAUGUUCACAGACCCUCAGUUAUUUUACAUGUGGAAGAAGAAGAAGGCAUGUUUGAGCGGGAUAAACGAGCAAGCCAAACAGCUCUUAAUCAAGGAGCAUUUUGGAGGCUCCACCCUCAUCGUUCCUAAUCUUGAGGGCACGCUGUACCUGAAGGAAGAUGGGAAGAAGAGUUGGAAACCUCGAUACUUCGUGCUCAGAGCCUCGGGCAUCUACUAUGUUCCCAAAGGAAAGACAAAGUCCUCCAGUGAUCUCGUCUGCUUUGUGCAUUUUGAAAAAGUCAACAUCUAUACCACCAACAACUACAAGCAGAAAUACAGAGCGCCCACCGACUUCUGCUUCCUGUUGAAGCAUCCCUGCAUCCAGAAAGAGUCGCACUACAUCAAGUUUCUGUGCUGUGACAACGAACACGCCAUGUUGCUUUGGGUCAACUCCAUCAGGAUAGCAAAGUACGGGACUGUGCUGUAUGAGAACUACCAGGCUGCAGUGAAGAGAGCCUCCAGCCAUCAAACCUCUGCUGCUGUCAAAGGUGUCCGUUAAAGUGCAUGUAGGAGUCGUACUGCACACUGGGCUCUAUGGAGCAGCUCAGCUCCUCCUCCU